AUGGAGCAGCAGCUCAAAGAACAAGCACAUAAGAUUCUGCGGUACGAGACGAAACUACGAGAUAUCAUAUCUGCAUACCAGGAAUUACAAGCAGAUAAUGAGCGCCUUGGAAACAAAUUGCGUACGGCUGAGUCUAACGCGUCACUGUUGCGUCAUGAAUUGGAAGAAAAAACUCACUUGCUUGAAAACCAGUAUGCCGUUAAUGCUGACCUAAGUGAAAGGAUGGCACUUUCUACCCUCGAAAAUGACAAUUACCGGAAGGAAGAAGAAAAAAACUCGUGUUUAAGACAGCAAGUUGAUCGGCUUUCUAAGGAACUUGAAGUUGAGCAGAAUAAUUCAAAAAGUCUAAAGUGUGCCCUUUUGGAGGCACAAGAGCAGCACGAGGCCUCCACGCGACACUUUGAGGCCACGGUUAGCAAAGUAUUCCUAACCGACCUCAUUUCAACGUUAGUUGAUUCCGAGACUAGUGAUGCUGAGACACCCAAAGUCGACGAUCUCUUCGACUUUAUGCGUCAACUAUGGCGAGCUGUCAUAAGGAUCAGUCCGCUUCAGCAACAAAUUAUUGAAAAACAACUUCUCCAAUGCCUUGAUAUGAAGUCCCUUGUUUCCAUAGAAUUACUUGAUGUCUGUGAGAAGGAAAAGAACGAUUUAAAACAAGAACUUGAGACUUUAAAACUGCGCCUUGUGUCCUUUCAGGCUGGGACAAGAAAGCUCCCACCUCUCCCCUCCUCGGAAGUCAAGUUACGUAAUGAGUCGUUUUGUUUUGCGGGCAGCAGUGAGACUUUGGAGGGAUCCAACUUAGAACUCCAGCUUCAGAGAGCACGGGAUCAAAUUAAAUUAUUGCGGAAGCAAAACCUUACAACUCUUCUUGAACUUGAAUCCAUAAAGAGGUCGAUGCAAUCAAAAAUCUCAGUUGCCGUUACAGCAGUGGAGCAGGAGGCCGCAAAUCGAUUGGCAGAGGCGUCCACGCGUCAAGCAGAUCAACUAAUGCGCUUGGAGUCGGAGGCACGUCGAUACCAAGACCAGACAUUGAAUCUUCUUAGGGAGAAGGAGGAGGAGAUAUCUGAACUGCGCACCUCUCUCUUUGCUAACCAUGAAGCCACUACUUUCUCUCAUCUUCAUAAAACCGUUGGUCAACUGAAUCUUCCGUCAGUGGAAGACCCAAAGAAUGAAGAACCCGACUCCACUGAAGCUACUUUUCCUGCUUUCAAUGAACCAUCGGCCCUGCACUGUGGCUUAGUCCACUGUGCUGAGCGUCACGAAAGACUCAUGAUAGAGCUGAAGAAGCUUCGAAACAGCAAACGGGAGCUGGAACAGCGUGUGGAGACGUUAGAGGCACGAGUAGAGGAAGGCCAAAAGGCUGCGCGGGAGGUUGCUACAACGAGGCAAGCCAUCUUUCCUCAGUCCACUCCGUCUUCUCCUACCCAAUUGUCGGAAGAUGUCAGCCUAACUUAUGUAAAGAACAUAAUCUUCAAUCUUCUCUCCUCCUUUAACACGUCCUCCUUUUCCUCUAAAAUGGCUGUUGUUAGGGCCCUGUCUAUGGCGCUCCACUUUUCUCCCGAGGAGGAGAGUGCCAUUAUCGGUGGCACCAUCAGCUAG